AUGGCUGUUGUACAGGCCAACAGUUUGCUUGAGGAUCAGAGUCAGGUUGAGUCUGGUCCCUUGAGCACGCUGGAGUCUGGCCCAUAUGGCACCUUUGUUGGAAUAUAUGAUGGUCAUGGCGGUCCUGAGACCUCCCGAUACAUCAAUGAUCACCUAUUCCAGAAUCUAAAAAGAUUCACAUCAGAGCAACAGUCCAUGUCAGUUGAUGUGAUACGGAAAGCAUAUCAAGCGACAGAAGAGGGAUUCCUCUCUGUUGUUACCAAACAGUGGCCUAUGAAACCCCAAAUUGCAGCUGUUGGGUCUUGUUGCCUUGUUGGUGUGAUCUGUGGUGGCACCCUUUACAUUGCCAAUGUUGGUGACUCCCGAGCUGUGCUGGGGAGAGUUAUGAAGGCUACUGGGGAGGUUCGUGCCAUCCAGCUGUCAUCAGAGCACAAUGUGGCCAUAGAAUCUGUCAGACAGGAGAUGCAUUCUUUGCACCCAGAUGACUCACAUAUUGUAGUUUUAAAGCAUAAUGUAUGGCGCGUAAAGGGAUUGAUACAGGUUUCUAGAUCGAUUGGUGACAUAUAUCUGAAAAAGGCUGAAUUUAACAGGGAGCCUUUGUAUACCAAAUUUCGCUUACGUGAACCUUUUAAAAGGCCAAUUUUAAGCUCUGAACCAUCGAUCUCUGUACAUGAACUUCAAACACAUGAUCAAUUUGUCAUAUUUGCUUCUGAUGGGCUGUGGGAGCACCUUAGCAACCAGGAAGCGGUUGAUAUAGUUCAAAAUCACCCACGCAGCGGAAGUGCUCGGAGGCUUGUGAAAACUGCCUUGCAGGAAGCAGCCAAGAAAAGAGAAAUGAGAUACUCAGAUUUGAAGAAAAUAGAGCGUGGUGUCCGCCGGCAUUUCCAUGAUGACAUAACAGUCAUAGUCGUAUUUCUUGACUCAAACCUUGUGAGCAGAGCCAGCUCAGCUAGAGGCCCUAGUUUGUCUGUGAGAGGACGUGGUAUUAAUAUACCUGCAAAAACUCUUGCCCCUUCCAUGGAAACCUCAUGA